CCAGUACUCGGCGUUUUCUGCACACGAUGUCUCACUCCAGUGUGGAAGUUAAAAAGGGCGACUUCCUUGCUCGAAAACUCGCGCAUUGGUCGCAAGAUCAUCACCGAUUCAUCCCUGGAGUCCAGGAACGCAGAUUCGUCGGGAAUCUGCGCUCCACGACCAAGCGCCAAGUUCGACAGUAACCUCGCAGCGAGCACAGUUUGCGUCUCACCGGUGAAGACCUUCUUGAAACCGUUGUCUCGCGCCACUCGUACUAUAAGCUGACGUAAUGUCAGCCUGUAAAACUCUUCGCGGUCCGUCAGGGUAGAAAAGCUGUUGUAGGUUGUAGUGAAAGUGUGGCGGAGUUCGUCGUUGUUAUACUUUGAGUCGAAACAGAGUGGACCCUCGGCGUAUACUAGUUCCAGAGGUACUGUGUAGUACCGCCGGCCAGUAUCUUUCAUGAGGCUGAUGACGUCCGCGUGGUCAGCACUGUCGCCAAGCACGACUGAGUCAUCGAUGUACAAGAGGCUAGGGUGGAUCGGUAAGCUCUUGAGGGGUUCGUCUGAUAUACCGUCGAGCACAAGUUCCACCAUAGCAGACGACGCCGGACCGCCGGAGAAGCAUACGAGAACUAUAUCACCGUGUUUUAUCAGCCUGGAUUUUCCCAAAGUAGAUCGGAACUUGUGGGUGCAGUUCUUCCAGAAGCAUCCGCUGCAGUAUGGAUCGUGCUUUCGCAGGACAAAUUUAGCUUUUCUAUCGCAUGUUUUGCACACGGACAAACUUGAGGAAAUCGGAUCUGGUAUACAUGUCGCAACGGUAUCAUCGCAGUCGCACGAAUUUGAACACAUAGUCAAUAAUACGAACCGAGCGUGUGAGACGCAACAAAAAUUACGUCUUGGCUUGGCUUGGCUUGAAGUUGGUUCGUGUAGGAUACCUUUGCGGUUAUCGAUAUUGCAUGUACGUAAUUUGAUUGUUUUGUUGACAAGUACAAUAGCAAUAAUAGCAGUAAGAACUAGGUAUUUUGCUUUUAAGUUGACAGUUUGCAAACGUUCACCGCUAGAGGUUCCGAAGUGACUCAUCAUGCAAUGGCGGCGCCCAUUCGACUCACUUGCCCAUGUGUUAAUGAUGCGUGAAGUGAGUAAUACCGUGAGUAAUCGUGGUCGACAAGCAUUCACGUGGCUGUUAGCUCCAAUUAUGGACCCCACAGUUAUCUGCUGCUGUUUAUGAGCUGUAGAGGUACUUCAACUCUUCUAGACAGUGGUACAACGUUGUCUCCGUCAAGUUUCGUUUUCAAAAGAGCGUGCUGCCUGCAGCCAAAAUUAAGGAGCCCCGCGGCGAACUUACCGGACUUUGCACGCGAUCUGCUCAUCAUGUGGAACGAUGUCUUUGCUCGCACUUCGGACAGAAUUAGGAAGCUGUUCGAACCCCACUGCAAUUCAUCUGCUUUUCAGUGCACGCUAGACGACACUGUCGAUAUCCAGUACCCUGCUCUUCCACCAUCCUCCCUGCGGCUGAAGUUUUGCGAGGAUGUCUCGCCAAGUGACUGCGAUCGACCGUGGCAGAAUGGCCAGCCACUUCCAUUCGCUGCGUCUGGCGUAUUUGAAGCCGAACUCACUUCUGCCAGGCGUCUCACGAACUCUAAAGCUGUCAAGGAUACGUGGGAACUGGAGUUCUGCAGCGUUCCCAGCAAAAAGUCUGAUGCUCAAUCCGUACCUGCUCCUAUAAGUUACAUGCCUGGGGAUGCCUUUGGCUUCCUGUGUCCAAAUUCUGAAAAGGAAGUUGAUGAACUUCUCGAACAUGUUGAGUGCGGAAAAGAAAGGAAACGCACGCCCUGCAUCGUAAAUUUCUUAAAGCCAGAAAAGGCCGCUAAGCAGUUCGGUCACUUGCCAUCCGGGCAGACGACGCUCGCAGAUCUGUUCGGGACUUGCUGCGACAUACGAGGCGUGCUAAAGAAAGUUUUCUUGAGAGUCCUCGCGGAACACACACAAAAUGAAGACGAAAAGAGACUACUUUUGUUUCUGAGUAGUCGUCAGGGAGCCCAGGUCUACACCCAGGUAGUUUUGGCGCAGAAAAUGACAAUUGUAGACCUGCUGACGAUAUUUCUCAGCUGUAACCCGCCAGAAGAACUGGUGCUGGAACAUCUUCAGAGGCUGCAGCCAAGAUUCUACUCUGCAUCGUCUUGGUCCCAGGAAAGUGCCGGAAAGGGCGUUCUUCGGAUCAUCUACAAGCGAGUGGUUUUUCCGGAGCAGCCGUGCAGGAGUGCAACGCGGGAAGGGCUGUGCACAAGUUGGUUAACGAAGCUCGCUGUUGAUUGGAUCGAAAGAAAUCAAAAAGGGGUAGAUGAAAGACUGGAACGCCUCUCAUUGGACGACAAGAAGUGCACCGUGCAGGUUUACUUGCGGAAAAACAUAAGCUUUCAGUUCCCAAGAGAACUGGACGCCAAGUUGGUGAUGGUUGGACCUGGUUCAGGACUGGCCCCGUUCCUGUGUUACCUGCAGUGGAAAGAACACGAGCUGAACGAAAGGUCGUCAGACGACCCAAGCCUCGUUACGAAAAUCGCUGAGUCGUGGCUCUUUUUUGGUUGCAGGUACCGAGAUCUCGACUUCCUUUAUAGGGAGGAGCUCGACCGGCUCCUGAAAAAAGGAGUUCUCUCGAGACUUUUUGUCGCAUUCUCGAGAGACGCUCGAAACGGUGAAGAGUCAGAUAGCGCGAGGCCAAAAUACGUGCAAGAUUCUUUGAGGCAGCACAAAGAAGAUGUGUCGGAGCUGAUCGUAAAAGGAGGCGCUCGUGUGUUCGUUUGUGGAGAUGCAAAGAACAUGGCCAACGAAGUGCGAACUGCAUUCUGUGAAGCGCUCCGUAACAGCGGCACCUUGGGGAGUGCAGAGGAAGCUGAGAGCUACGUUAAAACGAUGCAGAAAGAGGGGCGGUAUAUGCAAGAUGUUUGGGCGUGACCUUGUGCGUCAAAUGUUUUUGUUACUCUCUGGCUUCCUGUUCUCACAUAAGUUUGUUGUUGGUCUUUACGUUUGAUGGUUAUGUUUUUACGCACAUUUUAGUUUUCUGUGUAACAGGUAUUGUUGAGGACAAGUUCUUUGUAAUGGGUUCAGUUUUAGUCAUGACAGUGCUAAGCACCUUAAACAUUUUUGGCUCUUUUUCAUCUGUUGCCGCAGCUGCUGGCAAUUCCGGUACAGUUAUGGUAGAAAUGGCAAAGUCCUGAAAGGGUGCAUUAGAGAAAAAUGUAGGAUAAAUGCGGUUUUAAUAGAACGACCUGGCAGUGAAAAUACUUUUGUCUUCGUAUUGCAAAAUAAGUGCACUGAAAGUUAUUCUUUCGAAGAAGACUUUCGAGAGCCUUCACAGUGGUCAUUCUUCUUGGAAGCAACAUCACCAACUUCAUCAAAGUUCGAAAAAUGAGUCCCUAAAAGUGUUAUUUAUUGUACACAACAAUUCGUUAGGAGCAAUUAACGGUUAAAAUAUUUAAUAUAUAGUGUCUAAAAAUUCAACAUUGAACUGCACCACACUUUUAGUGAGGCUGUAUGCAGUAUUUCGGUAACAAAACAGCAAAAAUAAAUGUGCAUCAUCAU